CUGGAGACGUUCAGUCCAUAGUAGUAGACAAGAUGGCAACUGGACCAGAGCACGGGCUGAAAUGGAUUGUAUGGCAAAGAAUAAAGAACAGUAUCCUUGAGGACUGUAAGAAGCCGGGAAUAUGGAAGAUUCUGAUGCUGGACCAGUUUACUACGCAGCUGCUAUCCUCCUGCUGCAAGAUGUCAGAUCUGAUGUGCGAGGGCAUUACCAUUGUGGAGGACCUCUUCAAAGUCAGAGAGCCAGUUCCAGACAUGAAGGCCAUCUAUUUCAUAACACCGACUGCAAAGAGUGUGGAGGCUUUCAUCAAAGACUUCAAACCCAAGCCCAAAUACAAGGCAGCAUAUGUGUACUUCACUGACUAUUGUCCCGAUGACCUCUUCAGCAAAAUAAAAACGGACUGUCCCAGGUACAUACGCGUCUGCAAGGAAAUAAAUAUCUCUUUCCUGCCCCAGGAGUCCCAAGUGUUCACAUUUGACAACCCUGGAGCUUUCAACAGCAUAUACAGCCCGCAUAGUGAGGACCGUUUGAAGACACUGGAGACUCUGGCUAAUCAGAUUGUCACUCUCUGCGCCACGCUCAACGAAAACCCAGGCGUCAGAUACAAGAAGGAGUCCUCAACAGUCCAGUAUGGCAAACAGCUGGCCGAGAUGGUUGACCGAAAGCUGGAGGACCACUACAAAUUAGACGGCAGUGCUAAGAAGGAGAAGACCCAGUCUCAACUCCUGAUUGUGGAUCGGGGGUUUGACCCUGUGAGCCCUGUUCUACAUGAACUGACCUAUCAGGCCAUGGCAUAUGACCUUCUGCCUAUUGAAAAGGACACGUACAGGUUCAAGCAGAAAGAUGGAUCUGAGAGAGAUGCGCUGUUGAACGAGAGCGAUGAGCUUUGGGUGGGACUGAGGCAUCUGCACAUUGCACAAGUAACAGAGAAAAUCCCUAAACUGGUGAAAGAGAUUUCAGCCAGCAAGAAGACGCCGGACUCCAAGAUCUCAAUAGGAGGCCUGGCUAAUCUAAUGAAGAAGAUGCCGUCCUUUCGCAAGCAACUCGCUCAAAAAACUGUACACCUGAACUUGGCUGAAGACUGUAUGAACAACUACCAUGGGAAAAUAGACAAGCUGUGCCAGGUUGAGCAGGACCUGGCCGUGGGGAUGGAUGGAGAAGGCCAGAAGGUGAAGGAUCCAAUGAGAACACUGCUGCCUGUGCUGCUGCCGCCGAAGGACCGAUACACCAAACACAACAAGAUCCGAGCUGUGCUGCUCUACAUUUUCAGCCUCAGUGGGACCACGGAGGAGAACCUGAACAAACUUAUUGAGCAUGUAGAGAUCACAAAUGAGCGGGACUACAUCCUCAACUGGAGAGAGCUGGGGGUUCCCAUCAUUUCCUCUCCGAGUUUGUUGUCCGGAAUGUUCCGGAAGCCAACGCGAAGAGACCGCUCUCAAGAUGAGACCUACAGUGUGUCACGUUGGACACCAGUCAUCAAGGACGUGAUGGAGGAUGCUGUGGAGAAUAAACUGCAAGACUGGCCCCAUGUUUCUGGUGCCCCCACGGCAUGGAAUGGCUCUCGAGCUGUCAGUGCCCGACAGAAGCACAAGCCCUCUGCGGACGACCACCACGGCAGCUCCAAGCUCAUCAUCUUCAUCCUGGGCGGGGUCAGCUACUCUGAGAUGCGCUGUGCCUACGAAGUCACACAGGCCACCAAGUCCUGUGAGGUCUUCAUAGGGUCAUCGCACAUUCUAACCCCCACUCGUCUUCUGAAUGACAUCCAGCGCUUGAGUUCGCUUCCCAAGCAGCAGUUCACACUUGAAAAUGAGAAGAGCAGUUCCUAAGGACCACAUUAUGCCACAUAGUGCCCCUCUGCCCCUGUACCGCACAUUCACCCCCCUUUGAGGGACUGAAGGGAAUCCAUAUGAUCAAUAUUGUAUCUUAACCUUUACAAAUAUUACCUUUUCAUAACCUGUGCCUAUUUAAAUGCAUUAGAGAAUGCUAUUAAUGUAUGUGUCCUGUCUGUGUUACUGACUGACUGGCAAUUGUAAAUGCCACAAUGUAUUGUUUUGUUCUAUACAAAAUCUACAGGAAAUUUCAACACAGCCUUACCACAGUGGUAUGCUAUACCACUUGUAUAUAUUGUAUGUAUGUCACCUCCCUUUAAAUAGCCUUACUGAUCCCCAGUAGGUUUUCUUUCAUGUCAUGGUGUAUUAUGAACAACUUCAGAGUGUUUUAAAUCGAAAUGAUUAUUGAACAACUGACAAAUAAAUGGAUGAUGUGGUUCAAUGCCA